AUAUUUUUCACAACUAAUUAUUAAUUAUUUAUUUAUUAUUUGUGUAUGUCUAUGUCUUGAGAGACUUGCUUGCACAUUAUACAUGAUUGCACUUAUGUGACCUGAACCAGAGGUGGAAAAAUUGGCGGGUCAUAGACCUGGCAAACGGGUCGGGUUGGGUCAUGGUUCAAAACGGGUUCCGGUCAACACGGGUUCGGGUCGAAACGGGUCAAUUAAAAAAAGGGUUGUUUUGGUUCGGGUUGAAACGGGUUCGGGUCGAAACGGGUUCGGGUCAGAACGAGUUCGGGUCAGAACGGGUGCGGGUCAGAACGGGUUUCGGGUCGGGUCGGGUCGGUUAAAAAAAGAUUGAUGGGUAUUCGAGAAAAUUUAUGGCUAACAAAGAAUAACAACAAGGUCAACCAGCCACAUGCUCCCUACUCUUUCACAACCGAUGGACGAGAACAUUUUUGUAAAUUCAUUAGAGGAGUGAGACUACCUGAUGGUUUUGGAUCCAACUUUAAAAAUAAGGUGCUUUCUAAUAAUUCAAAUAUAACCGGGUUAAAAUCUCAUGAUUAUCACAUCCUCAUGCAACGAUUGCUACCAAUAGGGGUCUGAGCAGGUGUACCUACAAAUGUUUCAACAGCAAUCACUGACCUUUGUACAUUAUUUCAAAAAAUUUGUGCACGAUCAUUAGAUGUGGAAGACAUGUAUAAACAAGAAAAGAACGUGGUAAAUAUAUUAUGCAAUUUGGAAUUGGUAUAUCCUCCAGCAUUUUUUGACAUAAUGGUUCAUCUAGUUCUUCAUUUACCUCAAGAAGCUAUUCUUGGUGGGCCUGUGUAUAUGAGAUGGAUGUAUCCUUUCGAAAGAUACAUGAAAAAGCUGAAAGGGUAUCUCAGAAACAAAGCAAGGCCUGAAGGCUCAAUAGCAGAGGGUUAUGUUGCGGAUGAAGCAUUGACAUUCUGCUCUAUGUAUCUUGAGGGUAUCCAAACCAAAUUCAACCAUCCCGAUAGAAAUGCAGAUGCCGACAUUCCAAAGAGGCAUUUGCAUGUGUUUUCAUCUCAGUGUCGACCAAUGUCCAAGGUUGAAAUCCUUGAUCUUUCUGAAGAGGCAAACAAAUCAUUACAUUAUUUUGUAUUGAACAACUGCCAUGAAAUUGAGGACUACAAAUCUAAAUUUAAAUCCGACUUUCCUGGGCGCGACAUGAAAACAGAAUUUUCCUCAUGGUUUAAAUAUGAAGCAGAUACAUCUUCAUCAUCACAUAAUAUGUCUCCGGACUGUACCAACGAAUUAAUGGCAUUGGCCUAUGGUCCAACAAGAGCAUGUUCUUACGAUGCUUGCAUAGUCAAUGGAGUUAGAUUUGUGGUACACAGUCGUGAUGUUCGACGCACUACUCAAAACAGUGGUGUUGUUUCAAUAGGAGAAGAUGGUACUCUAUUUUAUGGUCAAUUGGAGCAGAUCAUAGAGUUGAAGUAUCUACAUAAAUAUUCGGUUGUACUAUUUCGUUGUAAAUGGUUCGACACGUCGGGUAAAAGAUUAGAAAAGAAAAACAAUAUCGUUUCUAUCAACAUUAGUCGUGAAUGGUUUGUUGGUAACGAAUGGUAUGAUGAUCAACAAUAUAUAUUAGCGACACAAGCUAAACAUGUCUUCUAUCUCCAAGAUCCUUCUCGAAGCACCGACAAUUGGAGGGUUGUGGAAGACGUUCACCAUCGAAAACUCUGGGAUCAUCCAAGUAUGAGUAUUGUUAAUGAGAUAGAUUUAUUGCACGACACACAAUCAUCAGAUUACAACUUGGUAGUCGACUCAGGCUUUGAUGAAAAUAACAAUGAUGAUGAAAAUUUCAUUGAUGGUGAUGGUGAAUUUGAUGUCGACGUCAAUGAUGAAUUUGAUGAUUAUGAAGACAAUGAAGAAGAUGAUCUUUUAUACCCUUCAGAUGAGGAAGUCCAAAUAAAAGAUGAUUUUAUGGUUGACGAUAACGUCGAUCUUUUAUACACAUGUUAUUCUAGUGAUGAUUCUGAUUGAAUGAAUGGCAGAUGUUGCACGUGGACACGGGGGAGAUGGUGGGAGUCAGGAUCCCAAUAGGAAUUCAAACAGAAUCCCUAGCAUUUGCGAGUCUUCACAAGCCAAGAGAAAGCGUGGACGGGGGAGAAAUGUAAAGUUAUUUAAAAAAAGUGAACAAAACAAUGGUGAUCCACUACCCAUUAACUUUACUGCUCAGGCACGUCAGUAUAAGUUCACUGGACCGCAUGCCCAGGAUUUUAUAAGAUUUAUCUCCAACACUAUUGCAAGCGUAGUUCCUAUGCAUUUUACAAGUUGGCAGAGUGUUCCACCUGAGUACAAAAAAUCCGUUUAUCCCGUACUUUUCGAUUACUUUAAUCUCAACAUGUAUAAAGAUGGCGACGCCGACCAGUGGGCAGGGAUUGAGCUCGGAAUCAUUGCCGAAUGUCAAAGUCGCUACAGCAGUCGAAAGAAUAAACUGCAUGAACAUUUUCAGGCAGUUGGAGGUACUAAGGAUGUUGAUAGAGCAAAGAGUUGCCCACCAGAGAAUUAUGAUUCGCAAAAGUGGGUCGACCUUAUUGAUACAUUGUUCACGGAUCCUGCCUAUAUAUAAGACGAAGCAAUGCAAAUAAAGAAAACAGAAAAAAGCAAAGAUACCCCAGUUAUCAUGGUAGUCAAUCUUAUGCUCAAAGGCGAUACAUAGAGGAGCAAAAAACUGGAAGCCCAAACUAUAUUGCUGUUUUUGAGAAGACACAUUACAAGGAAGGGCGGGGAUGGGCAAACGAUAUUUGUGCAGCAGACUGGGGUAAAAUUCAAGACGAGUUAGCUAGAGCGUCGAGAGAUGUCGAUGAUACUUCACCAGUUGAUGAACUCGAGGUACUCAAAAGUGCCUUGGGUCAUAGGAAUGGGCACGCACGUGGUGUUGGUCGUGUUGUUAAAAAUGUCACCCACGAAAUAUCGAGCUCAUACCCCCCGCCAAGACAACAACAACAAUUGGAAGAAAUGCAAGAAGAGAUGCAACAAAUGCGACAAGAAAUACAAGAAAUGCGACAACAACAACAACAGCAACAACAACAACAAGUGCAAGUGCAAGUGCAACCAUUCUCAAACCAAGCAUUACUGGAACUACUACAACAACAACAACAACAACAUGCGUUUCAAAUGCAACAAAUAGAAGCACAAUUUCAAAGCCGACUUAAUGAAUUGAAACGAAAAAUGCGUCAAGUUGACGAAGAUGAUGAUUAGACUUAGAUAUUUGCAUUAAACUUUUAAUUCGAAGUUUGUACUCGAUAACUAAUGUUUAUUUUGAAGCUUGGACUUGAUAACUAUGACGAAUAUUUUGUAUUUUGAAUCUUUAGUAUAAUAUGUAGUUUUGAAAUU